AUAGUAAAUAACUUAUUUUAUUAUCAACAUUGUAAAUCUUAUAUUUUAAGAAAGCAUACAUGUAAAUGUCAAAAAAAAUGUACGUUCAAAUAAGUUUGAAUCCAAUAUAUGCGUGUCUAAGUUGAAUCCUUUAACUUGAUCACUCCUCAGCUUUAAAAGGAAACACAAUUUUCAUUGGCCUUCCUUCUUUCCUGGUCAAAAAAGCCUGAAAUCUGAAUAUUUUUGCCUUUUUUAGUAUUUAAAAUGUGUGAUUGUUUCUUCUUCCAUUAAUUUACGGAAGAAAACACCAAUCUGCAGUUGCGUCCCCCUAAAUCUCUCUCUAUCUAUUGGAAAAAAAAGUUGAUUCUUUAUCCCAAAGUUAAGGUAAUUAACUGUUAGAUAGUACUAUAAGUCUAACAACUCCUAGAACUAAUUUCUUUUAGUGUCAAUGGCAAGUUCAUUGAGCAGUGGUUUCUCUGUUUCUGGCCCCUGUUUCAAUUCCAGAGCCAAAGGGUCUGCUCAUCAUUGCUAUUCAAAUGGAAAUUUGCAACUUAAAGAUUUAACAUCUAGAGAAUUUCUAGGCAAAUCCUUGAAUGUAUCAGACCAUAUACAGGCACUAGAAGAAAUUUGUGUUGAAAGUGGUCAGGGAUGGUGGGAGAAGACACUUAAACCCAACAUGGUAGAGAUCAAUUCAGCACAACAACAUGUUGAUUCAUUGUUAAAGGCUGGUGAUAGAUUAGUCGUAAUUGACUUCUACUCUCCUGAUUGUGGAGGUUGCAAGACUUCACAUCCAAAGGUAUGGUACCAAAAUGAUCAAGCUGAAUCAAAUCCCAAUGCCAUAUUCCUAAAAGUAAACUAUGAAGAACUGAAAAGCAUGUGCAAUGUUCUGCAUAUCUUGCCCUUCUUCAGAUUCUACAAGGGUGCACAAGGCAAAGUUUGUAGCUUCAGCUGUACUAAUGCAACAAUAAAGAAAUUUAAAGAUGCAGUAUCAAGGUAUGGGAAUGAAGGGUGUGGCUUCAGUCCAGCAACAGCUCUUGAGGAAUCUGAGCUUUUAGCUUUGGCCUCAAUUGGACAAAAAUAAAAAUUAAAAAAACCAUCAUUUGAUUCUCCAGUAUUCAGGAGUACAAUCUUGAAGCACAAAGUUGUUCAUGACCAUGAAAGAACAGAUAUUAGUAAUAUUAAGUGAUUAGAUGGUCUUUACAACAGGACAUUUGGUAGGUAUAUCAACAAGAAAAGGGGUAAGUAAACAAAAUAUUCUUAGAUUCUGUGACUAAAUAUCAAUGGGAAAAGGUCAAAAUUAAUUGGAAAUAGACUUCUCUACAAUAUGUUAAUAUUGGUUGCUACACUUAAUUUGUACAUUGGUAUAGGCACCUCUACAAUAGGCUGAUUAUACUGAUGUAGAUUAUAAUGUAAAAUAGCAUUACUACAAGAUGUGAAGCUUUUUGAUAAAUAAUUAAACAAUUCAUAGAUUACAACUCAGUCUCAAACUAAUUGAACAAAAAUAUA